ACUCGAGUAAAAGAUAAAUCACUCACAGGUGGCGGAAGAGUGGGAGGGCAAUCAUGCUCAUGCAAAAUGAAAUACUUCUGUACAUGGAAUUAUGGCGUGCUUCGAUCGUCUCCGCCGACUUCAAACAAUAAAGUGUGCUACUUCCGCCUCGUGACGCCACGAACGGUUUCACGAGGAGGAACCUGAGAGCGGCGGACGUGCCCGGGAGUCGCCGACGUCGGUGGCCCAGUUCGGCUUCUUGAGCAGAGAACUGAACCUGGGCCGAGCCACCAGCGGAGCUCGGGCGGCCGGACUUCAGAGAUCUCCGCGCACCAUGGGCGAAGCGGCAGUAAAAGAGGAUGGCGCCGUGAUCCGAUCCGCCGAGUACGUCGGCUCGUUUCCAGUGGACGACAACUGCCUGGACGACCAGAUGGAGCAACUGCACCGGAGCUUAAAGAGCCUGAAAACGUGCAAGAAGCGGAGGCCCGUAUCUCUAAAGUUCUCCAUCAAAGGCGUGAAAAUGUACGACGAGGACGAAACGACCCUCCUGAUGGCCCACGCCCUGCGCAGAGUGUCGCUGUCCACCGCCCGGCCGGGCGACGCCCAGUUCGCCUUCGUCUCCCACAACCCGGGCAGCGCCGACGCUCAGCUGUACUGCCACGUUUUUCAAACCAGGCACGCCAGAGCCGCGCAGUUCCUGAACCUUCUGCUGUGCCGCUGUUUCCAGCUGUCGUACUUGGAGAAGCAUCCAGAUGAAGCUCAAGAAGUUUCUUCUGGUUCUGCGCCUCGGCGUAACCCGUCGCUUCUCAACCACGGCUUCCCGCUCAGCGUUAGCGCCCUGGUGUCCUUCCGAAGAGCCCCCUUUCGGGGGUUGAUGUUCGGGUCCAAGAAACGAGACAAGUCCUCUGAGGAGCAGCAGCUUGGCAGCCGAGACGAGGUCUUCCCCUCCUCCUCCCCCUCCCUGGUGCGCAAGAAAGCCAUCCGCAACAAAGUCCUGCGCUCCGGGGCGUACCGCUCCUUCACGUUCACGCCGCUUAAGCAGCGCCACGUCCAGGAGCACCUCAGCGCGUCACAAGUAGAAAAGGAUCAAAACAAAACUCAAGCAAGACGGUCCCGAGCGCCGAGCUUGGCCGAGACUGAGGAAGCGCUUGCGCAGGCUGUGUGGUGUUGGGCCGGUAUUGCAACCGACAGCAGCUACUCCCUCCUGGCUGAUGACGUUUUGGGGUCGUACCUCCUGUGCCCGCACCCCAAGAAACCCAAAAGCGGAUCCCUCAUCGUUCGACUCCCGUCCGGCCUCGUCACCCACCUCAUUGAAAACACCCGUAAAGGGAAUUUCCUGUUGGAGAAAUGCAAAGCCGAGUUCGGUUCCCUGGCGGAGCUGAUCGAACACUACACGGAGAACCCCGACGGGCUGCCGUGCCGGCUGAGCUGCGCCCGCGUCAACCACUGCUACGAGUGGGAGGAGUACGACGCCGCCGAGCCCUUGAGCCACGAGCUGCACAAGAGCAGAACGCAGAGGAUAGUCAAAGGAAAGGGGACGAAAUUUGGACACUAGGCACGUUACGUGCGGGCAAAACUUUACUAACACUCAUCGCACAUUUUUAUUGACCAUGUUGGCACUUCGAGUAUCUGGUAUACAGGUCAUUUUUUUCAAAGCUCUUUUUUUUUUUUUUGUACUUGUCAUUUUAAUGUUUAUAUAUAUAUAUACAUUUCUAUAUUUGUUUUUUUUAUCCAGUUCGAUAGUGUUUUAAGUCACGUAUGUACCUGUGCUUAACAUAAGUAUUUGCUCCAUUUUUAUGACACUAAGAGCGUAGCUUGUUAAAUCUGAUGGCAAAACUGCAUCAAGUUAUCGCAAAUAUAUUUGUUUGGAUUCAAUUGUUUUGUUGGUAUCAGUAACGCUUUGCUAGUGCUUUUUAGGACACCCACAUGGUAAUCACAAGAAAAAUAAUACAUUUAAAUGUUCUCUUUUGAUAAAUUUUGCCUGGUAAAUGAGAGAAACUGAUUUUCCUGAAAGUUCAGGAAAAGUGUAAUUGGAAAAAAAUUGUAUUGCCAAAGGAGGACGCUCAGAUUCUUUUAGACACUCGUAGUGGUUAGGGUGUCGGGUUGAAUUUCUCAACACACCCUCCAUACUCCAUAAUGGAGCGUGCCUGUGCGGGCAAUUGUCAGGAUGUUACAAAUGUUACUAUCCAGUUGGUGAGGCUUUUAUGAAAGCCACGGCACGUAUCAAGCUAGAAUUUACGUGAUCGUUUUUGCAGCUGCCGGAUUAUCGGAAGUAGCAGAGACUUUUCCAACGACCGGUUGUUAGAUGCAGGCAAAGUCACAAACAAUUACAUGUGGAAUAUUCAGAAGUGUGAGUGUAUUGCAUUCACUUAUUGGGG